UUUCUUUCCAUCCACUCACACCUCUCGCCAGGCCCGCGCCCCACGCGCCGCCCACCUCUCAAACUACGCCCCGGGGCCAGGGUUCCCCCUUCUCGCCCGGCUGAGGGCGGGCGUGGGUUUGCUGCCCGGCGGAAGGGAGUUAGUUACUUUCCCGGGGCCACCGGGGUGGGAGAGGUUGGCCGCGAGCCCCGCGGGCGGCAUGGCAGGAGCUCCGGAGGAGCGGCCGCAGCACCACGCCGCGCCGCAGGUCUUCCCCGAGCGGCGGGCGGAGGGGAGGUCCCCGCAAGGCUUCCUCUCCAGCUUCUUCAGCAACAACCAGAAGUGCCAGCUCAUGCUGCUCAAGACGCUACAGACAAAUCCAUAUGUCAAACUUCUGCUUGAUGCCAUGAAGCACUCAGGUUGUGCUGUUGACAGAGAAAGACAUUUCUCUUGUGAAGAUUGUAAUGGAAAUAUCAGUGGAGGUUUUGAUGCUUCAUCAUCUCAGAUUGUUUUGUGCCAGAAUAAUAUCGGUAAUCAAGCCCACAUGAACAGAUUGGUCACUCAUGAGCUCAUUCAUGCAUUUGAUCAUUGUCGUGCUCAUGUCAACUGGUUCACCAAUGUCAGACAUUUGGCCUGCUCAGAGAUUCGAGCUGCUAACCUUAGCGGAGACUGCUCACUGGUAAAUGAAAUAUUCAGAUUAAAUUUUGGAUUAAAACGACACCACCAGACUUGUGUGCGAGACAGAGCCAUUCUUUCCAUCCUGGCUGUUAGGGAUAUAAGCAGAGAAGCAGCUCAGAAGGCGGUUGAUGGUGUUUUUGAAUCUUGCUUCAAUGACCUUGAACCUUUUGGAAGGAUCCCAUACAACAAGACUUCUGCAAAAUAUGCACAUAGAGAUUUUCAAAACCGUGAUCGGUACUACUCAAAUCUGUGAAGACUGGUGUUUUGUAUUCUACUACAGAACUUUAUGUGAAGAAAAUAUAAUUAAAAACUAAACAAAUGAUAAUAAAUUAUACAUUAAAUAUAGGUAAAAUACAGAUGCUGAUUUUAGCAUGUGGUUAGAAAAGAACUGGUAAAAAAGGAAACUGCCUUAAAUUUCAAGGCAAAACUGUUUCUGUAUAGCUAACCAUUUGGUAAAUAAGGUGAAUAAAUUGAAUUUUUGUAUGACUUUUUGAAAUGUCCA